GCAACAAAAUCAGUCCAGUUACACUUAUUGCGGUUAUGUCUUGGGUUAAAAGCAUUUCAGAGACAUUAGGGUCAUGAGCGAUAGUCCCCAAUUCUCCGACGUACAGCGAGCGCCAGGUCUGAAGGAAAAUUAAUGAUAAGCGCUAACUCUACAGCUCGGUCUGCCUUCAACUAUAAACCUUCUAUUGAAGGACGGUACCGCGACAUCGCUUCAGACCGCGGCUUCAGGAUCCAACCAAGGAGACCAAAGUGUGCGGGUGAGUCAACACCUGGAAAUGGAUCCCAACCCACAUGCACGAUAGAGCUUGUCGCGUUACAAGGCCCGUGUAGAGAUGCAUGGCCAGCAAGGCGGGCGCCCGAACAAGUUGGAUCGACGACUUAUCCUCCAGCCAACAAGCCUCACCGCCCCUUUUGACACUGGCUCGCCGACCUCGCCUUGCGCCACCUCCGUCUCGGUUCAUUGCUGUUCCACACCCCUCCGCCGCCACCACAGCUUCCGUGGACCUGGCGAACUUGGGGACGGAUGACAGGACGGCGACCCCACCUUCGGUAUUGCCGCCAAGCCACGCCCAGCCCGCCCCCGCUACCGGUACCUCCACCCUUCAUCACGUUGCCGCCGGGCCCACAGGACCGACGUCGCCUACGUCACCAGCCCGCCUCCGCCGCCUAACCGCCACAACGGUUAUCUUUCACGGGUCACAAGUAAGUUGGCAGUUGGUGGUGCAGUUGUCACGCUGCUGACGUGGGCCAGCUCGGGACCUGCUGUGAAGCCUUUCUUGCGGUUUGCGGCCGUUGGGUAGUGGGCGCGCCAGUGUUGUGCCUAGCUGUGCUGUCUGGUUGGCGAUGGUAUUAGGGUAGGUGGCGCAGCGGUUACUAGCGUCGCUGCUGUGUGUGUCUUGCUGCAUGCUGCUGGGUUGUUGUUGGGUUGAAGGCGUUUCCGUUUGGCUGGUGGUGUCUCUGGUGCGGACAUUGUUACCGGGUUUUGCGACGGAUUUGCGGCGAGAUUAGCUGUUCAUUGCGGCGGGUUUUGCGGCGGAUUUGCGGCGAUCUGAUGACACUGACAGACGCUGGGACAAUAGGUAGACGGUUGCGUGGAUUUGACUGUUGUGUUUCUAGUCGCAGCAGCAACGACCUGAGUUUAGAGGACAUUAGGCUGUUGGGGGGUUUGUGUCAGAAGCAUGCGGUAGUUAGCAAGGCAUACGGUGGG